AUAAAAUGUUUAGUAAAGUGUUUGCAGGCAUAGCAAUGGUCUGUAGAAACGUGAAACUUAGUAAAUCCAAACAGACAUAAUGGGAAAGUUUAAAUUUUGCAGCUUGAGCUGUCCUUUAUAAAUGUGCCAUUUUUCCUUCUGUCCUCUAGAAGAAUUAGAUUGUUGCUUGUUUAUCUAAUGAAAAUGUUGAAGAGGAAUAAUUUCGUAUGAAUUGGAAAGGCAUUUAAAUAAAAAAUUAGUAUAUUAACAUCUUUAACUAUAUUGUGUAUAGUGGAAAAGAAGGUUAAUAGGGUGUUGAAAUGAGAAUUUUGUAUAUAUCUCGAUAUUUCAGGCAGUUUCAUUUGAAACCUGGUGGCAGAGUUUUGAAGAGUAAUUGUAUUUUGCUGGUUCUACGUAAGUGAUACUUACACAUGGAACAAUGUGCUGUGUACCUUCAGUAGUUCAGCAAAGAAGGGACACCCUGGAGGGGAGGAGAGGCUGUGCUGUUGUUGGGCCACCCUGCAGAGUUUUCAGAGAAUUUCCAAAACCUGUAUGGUUUUGAAAUUGAACGAAAGACUGGAAUUUGGAAUAAUCUUCACAUUUCUUUGAAUAAGAAGUAACAAUGGAACGAAGGCAAAGAGGAGUCAGUGCUGGACUGCUUUUGCUGCUUUAUCAAAUUUCUCAAGUUGGACUCCAGAACAUUCCUUCUGUUACCCUUGGGGUACUUGUACUGAAUAUUUUUCUCUUUCUGAAUCCUUUGAGGCCACUGACUGAAGUGUGUCUCAGUGUAAAUGAAGCUGUCCACAGAAAGAACUGGCAGCGUUUGCUGCUUGCUCCUUUCCACCAUGCAGAUGAUUGGCAUUUGUAUUAUAACAUGAUUUCCAUGCUUUGGAAGGGCAUAAUGCUGGAAAGAAAGCUGAAGAGCAUAUGGUUUGCCUACAUAAUUGCAGUAUUUUCAGUACUGAUUGGAGUAGUUUACAUAGUGCUGGAACUCCUGCUUGUGAUAAUUUUGGAUGAUCCUUCCUAUGAAAUGAAUUGUGGUGUAGGUUUUUCAGGAGUCUUGUUUGCUUUGAAAGUUUUGAACAACCAUUAUAAUCCAGGAAGAGUGAGCAGUGUCUUUGGAUUGCCAAUAUCCAGUAAAUAUGCUUGUUGGGUGGAGCUGGUGGUUAUUCAUUUAAUCUCCCCGGGGACUUCUUUCGCUGGGCAUCUGUCAGGAAUUCUCGUUGGAUUGAUGUACACUAUGGGACCUCUGAAAAAGAUCAUGCGAGCCUGUGCAGCUGGCAUUUCUUUCUUCACUGAGCCUGACAGGCCAAGGGACUACUAUUCAGAGUAUUAUGGCUAUUAUCCAGAUUAUCAAUACAGAACUUCAAGGAGCUACUUUGAUUAUACAGGUGGGCUCACUGAAGAAGAACAGCUUGAAAGGGCAGUGCUGAACAGCCUUAAUGAAAGAGAUUUUGGUGGAAGAACACACAAUAAUGAGCGGCGACCUUAUGGGUUCUGGUUCCCACCUGAGAGCCCAGAUGAGGACAUGAGGAGGCAGAGGCUUCGUAGGUUUGACAGACGAUGAAGUUGGCAGGUGUUGAUGUCAAGUGCUAUCCAGACUUACCAAAAUAUUUACAGAGUUGUUUGUAAUCUGUAAUUUACAGAAUAAUUUAUCAUCUUUCUUCCAUUAUAUUUACUAUUCGUUGCAAAACUGCAUGGGAUUUUAUGAGUUCAGACGCAGAGUUGGAACUUGAAUAAGAAAUGUGAGCUAAGAAUCAAAAUGUGAUCUUUGGCUGUCUCCAUCUUAAUGCACCUUAAAUGGAAGAAGACUGAUGAUUUUACCAAACUGUCUUUUCUUUCCUUAAAUUAUUUUGUAUAGUUUAAGAAUUCCUUGGCUUUUGACAGCUGAUGUUCUCAGACAACAGGUUUUCUUCAUCCAUUGCAGCUGAAAAGUUACAUUUUCUAUGUAACUUUAAAACUAUGCAGUUUUCCCUUACAAACCUUUCUCAGUUAUCUGUGAUGACUAGCUCAUUUUUUGGGAUUGCCAUGUGAAAUGACACUUGAAAAGAUGGCUUUGAUGACAGUGGCUGGGUCACGUGAGUCUAGGCUUUAGCUUUUGAGCAGAUAAAUAGUUGCAGUUACCCUUCCCCUGCCAUCCUUACCAAGGAAUUAUUUAAUACAAACUUCAGUGUUGCAGCCUUCCUCACAUCAUAUUAUCUAGAGUUUGGAUGUGAUAAAACUGAGUUGUAACUACUUUUGUUUUCCUAAAGCCUUUCUUAAUAUUUAUGUCUUAAACUGCUGCCCUUUACAGAGCUGAAAUAAUUUGUUAGGAGUAUUGUGUAAAGGCAUGUGGCUAUGCCAUACAAAGCAUAUAUUUAUUUAGUAAUAUACUUUUUUUAAAGCAUCUAUUUCCCUUUCUAAGAAGGCUUGGAAAUUUUAUUUUGUAUAUGCUGUUCAUGCAGCUUUAAAAAUUGCACUAUUUCUCAAUAUUUAUCUUGUUUGAAGACCAGUAUGAGACCCUGAGAGUUUGUAGUCUUGUGGAGAUCAUGGCUAAACACAGGCUACCUUGAAUUCUUCAUUUUUGAGAAUUUCUUUACCCAGCUAGAGGAGUUGACAGGAGACCUGAGAGCUCAGUUGUCUCUCUGGGCACACCCUCCACACAAGGCUGUGCUGCCUGUGGCACUGCUGCCUGUUAAUGUUCACUGAUGAACCUUGAGGGGUUUGCUUCCAGUAUCAUCCUGAAAAAUCAAUCCUGUCCAGGCAUUUUAUCCUCAGGGAUGUUCCUCUAAAACUAUUGCAGAGAGGUGUGAUUGCAGAAGAAUAAUUUGGUUAUUGGCUUUUGACACAGACCUGUUGGAACCUCCUCAUCAGCACUGAUGGAGUAGAGAAUUAGGAUAAGCAGUUUAAGGGAUUCACCAACCUGUGCUUUAUUAAGUCUACUUUUCUACGAGGUUAUUUCUUGAAUGUAAAAAACACUGCUGUAUAUUUCACACAGAAAAAUAUGCUGAAAGGAAAUUUUCUACUGUAUUCUUUAAAUGAAUAGUACUUACCCUUUCUGUCUGUACCUAAUGUAUGUAGGGGAAACUUGUUUGCUGGGAAAAGCACAAUAUCAGGAUGCAGACUUUGUGCUCAGGGUUUUGGGAAGCAACAGGCACAACUGCAAUGAGACUCCAGGUACAGACAGAAUGCUGAUUUCUGGUGUGUUCUUGGUUGCUUUUGUAUAUAUGCAAUAGCCACAGAAUAAAACAGUAGACAUUUUAUAGAAGGCCAACGUUUUUAUGUUCACUGAAAAUAAGUCUCAAAAACCUGCAUAUUUUUCUCAGCAGGCAAUAAUUGGAUGUAAAUGAGAAGGAUGUAGCAUUGGUUCCUCAGAAAGCCUUUAAUGCUGUGGUCAAAACUUGCAGUGUAACAUACUGUGUGUGUUACCCUCUGGUAUUUUAUUUAUUUAAAAGCACAGGAUGUGCUGCUAGUCAGGU